AUGUCUGGAAUCGAAGCCGUGGGCCUGGUCCUCGGCCUCUGGCCCAUUGUAAUGAACUUGGUUGAAGCUUACAAGGCGGGAAGAGGAGGCUCAUCUGUCAAGGCGCUUCGAAUGAGCAUCGUUGUUCAGGAGAAGAUAUUCAAGCAAUCGAUCCAGAAGCUUCUCCAAGGCGACGAGAAGCUUUCCGACAAGGACAAGGUAGGGCUCGUCAACGGCGACGAUGCCUUUGCGGCCAUCUGGACUCAAACCGAGUUCAUCAAUCGGCUCAAGAAAAGACUCGAUGAUGAGAUGUUCGAGAUCCUGAACUAUAAGGCCGAAGAGAUCUUCAAGAUUUUAAAGAGCUUGAAAAAGAAAAUUGAGAAAAAAGAUGGAGAGUCUGAAAGCCUCAAAGCUCUUCGCCUCGGACUGCAAAACAGCGAAGUAAAGAAGAACCUAGCAGAGCUGAAAGAACAUGUGAGCGGACUUCGCACAGUACUGGAGGCUAGCCCGAACACGACAUAUGUACCGCAACAGAAAGCUGCACUUUCGCCUAGACCCGGUCAUCAACGAAAGACAUCAGGGGCUCUUAGGAAGAAAGUCUUUGACGACUUCCACGAGGCCCUUCGAUCAAGUUUCAACUGCCAAUGUGGACGGCCUCACGAAGCGAGUCUGCGCAUAUCGGAUACUCUAGAACUGGUCUUUCCGGACGACCAUGCGAGCAGAACAAUGUCAGUAGGUGCUGGCGCGCGGCCACGGUCCAUGACUCUAGGCAGCCAAGUGAGCGCCACCCUCCAUACGGAUGUCGAAGAAGUUGAGAAUAGCAGUGACAUUUUCCGCACCACCUGGUCAAGAUCAAGCCCUUGCAGCGAAUCCAGCGCCGCGUCGGAACAUCGUGCCGUCUCGAUCAUCUUCAACGAGAGUCAUGGGGUACGAAAUCUCAUCCAGAUAAGCGACCUGUGCCAAUGGGUCAGGGGCCUGCGCGAGUCACCCCCGAGCUCGCCCCGGAAUGACUACCACGGUGUCCUGGGUCCUGACGGUAAACGCUACACUGUGGCACCAAGGCCUCAUACUGGUAUCAGCCCGCCGACCGUCAUGUCGAUGGAUGAUUGUUUGAGCAGCUGCGAUGGUGCGGGCUUGACUCGACGAGUUCGGUUGGACUUGGCUUUGAAUCUGGCUUCGGCUAUUGAGCGAUUUCACCCCACAUCCUGGAUCGACAUGACGUGGACAUGGAGAAACUUCUCAAUGAUUCGAGAGGAUACGGCCCAUCGUCUCUGUAUUACGAAGCGCUUCUGGUCGCUCGAGGCAAGAAGGCAGACUGCCGUGGCCGCUCCUGCUUCCAAGUUCUGGCGAACCUUGCGCCACAUGGACCCAAUGCUUAUUAGGCUCGGGUUUGCGCUUAUUGAACUGGCGAUGGGGAAAAGGUUAUCUGACCUUCGGGCAAAAAUGAGCGGCGAGGACGAGCCUGCUGAACCAGAAAGCGAAUGGAUGAAGGACCUCGAAGACUGGAAUACGGCGAACGACCUUGUCGAACAGAACAUCAUUCAAGAUGAGGUCAGUCUCACAUACCAGCAGAUUGUGGCGAGAUGUUUGAAAUGCGAGAUUCUUGAAGACACUGGGGUGAAGUUAUUAAGAUCGGGCUCACAAAACUUCGGGGACGAACUCGACACGUUUAUUGUUGGACCACUUCGACAAUAUCACGCAGACACUUGGGGAGUUGUUAGUCAGAUGGCUGCUUUUUGA